GUAGAUAGGAAAAAACUCGAAAAAGCUGAAGCACGCAUGAAAGCUAAGCAAGAUAAGAGAGCUGCAAAAGACUCUGAUAAUAAAGGGCAGCUUUCUAAUAGGUAUAUUAUCGCAAGCCAAGCAUUAAAUAAACGUGAAGCAAAGCUGGACUCUAGUGGAGCUAAAACGGCUGACAUUAAUAUCCAAAAUUUUGAUCUUUCCUACGCUGAUAGGACUCUUUUACGAGAUGCUGAAGUGAUUUUAGUUCGUGGUCGAAGGUAUGGACUAGUUGGACGAAACGGAAUCGGAAAAACAACCUUACUGCGCGCAAUCUCAGGAGGAGAGUUGAAAAUACCAUCACAUUUUACUGUCCUUCACGUUGAGCAAGAGGUAGCUGGUGAUGAUACUGCAGUCUUGCAAAGUGUACUCGAAUGUGAUCAGCAAAGAGAGCAAUUACUUCGUGAAGAGAAAGAACUUAAUCUUCAAGUUAAUUCAAAUGGUAGCGAGGAUCAUAAUUUACACGAACGUCUAUCAUUUGUUUAUGGAAAAUUGAGUGAAAUUGAAGCUGAUAAGGCACCUGCAAGGGCUUCCGUAAUUCUGCAAGGUUUAGGAUUUUCUACUCAGAUGCAAACAAAGACUACAAAAGAGUUAUCAGGUGGUUGGAGAAUGCGACUAGCUUUAGCACGCGCACUGUUUGUUGAGCCGGAUUUACUUCUGUUGGAUGAACCUACAAAUAUGUUAGAUAUCAAGGCUAUUCUGUGGCUGGAAAAUUAUUUGCUUAGCUGGCCGACAAUCUUGUUAACGGUUUCUCACGAUAAGAACUUCUUGGACUUUGUGCCAACGGAUAUCAUUCAUAUGCAUUCAGAAAGACUCGAUAGCUAUCAUGGAAAUUAUGAGACAUUUCUCAACUCGAUGACCGAAAAAUUAAAGAAUCAACAACGAGAAUAUGAAGCCCAAAUACAAUACCGGGAACAUCUUCAGAUAUUUAUUGACCGUUUUCGAUGCAACGCUAAUAGAGCAUCGCAAGUGCAAAGUAAAAUAAAAGCCUUAGAAAAAUUGCCAGUACUAACUCCAGUAAAGUCAGAAUCUGAAGUAGUUUUGAAAUUCCCGAUGCCUGACGCCUUAUCUCCUCCUAUUUUACAGUUGGAUGAGGUUACCUUCGGUUAUGAAGCUAGCUUACAAUUAUUUAAGAAGCUAGAUUUCUGUGUUACUAUGGACUCCAGAAUUGCUAUUAUUGGUGCCAAUGGUACUGGCAAGACUACUCUAAUUAGAUUGUUACUUGGCGAGUUAUCUCCAGGAGAAGGUUAUAGACGCGCACACCGUAACUUGAAGGUAGGUUAUUUUUCCCAGCAUCAUGUUGAUCAGAUGGAUAUGAAGAUGUCUUCUGUUGAGCUUUUACAAGCCCGAUUCCCCGGUAACAAAGCAGAAGAAUAUAGACGUCAUUUAGGUAGCUUUGGUGUCAGUGGAGAUCUUGCUCUUCGACCGGUAUAUACACUUUCUGGUGGACAAAAAAGUCGCACAGCGUUUGCGUUGAUGACUUGGAAAACUCCGCAUGUAAUUAUUAUGGAUGAACCGACCAAUCACUUGGAUAUAGAAAGUGUUGAAGCUCUGGGUAAAGCCUUGUCAAAGUUCAAGGGUGGUGUGGUAUUAGUAUCUCACGAUCAAUAUCUAGUUGAAUCAGUUUGUAACGAAUUUUGGACAUGCCCUGGGCGUGGUAAAUUAAAAAGGCUCGAAGGAGGAUUCGCAGAAUUUAAAAGGAUUAUGGAAAAGGAAAUCUCUUAG